AUGACAUUUGUCACCUUUCUAUGCGAUCCUGCUUUUAAGCAUGUGAAUUAUAUACUACAGUAUGUUACCUUUAGGUUAGCACUAGUGAGCGUUUAAUUAUUUUGUCAAUGUUUUUUUAAUGCACACAGUUGUGCGAAUUUAAUCUACCUCAUGGUAAAAGUGGUUACAUCAGUUCACUUCACUAGGAAUUACGUGAACUUGCAACGAUGUUGUAUUCCCCUACCAGUCUACUGAGAUCCGCCUUUCAGUUUGUUACUCGGUCUCAUCGGAGUCCAGGGUCUAUAUGGUGUCCAUGCAGGAAUGUGUUUGUGAAAACAGGUGAAUGGAAAACAAAGAAAGUUCCUCAGCGAUACCUGGGCCAGCCGAGCCCGUACACACACCCUCACCUCAUCAUAUAUGGUGAGGUGACCCCAGGUCUCACCCAGAUGGAGUUUGAGUUGCGUCGACAGCGCUUGGCAUCUCUGAUCGAGAUGAAGGCAGAGCAACUGACGGGUUCUGGAACCUCCUCAAACUCCUCCCACAUUGUCAUCGUCCUAUCACAUCCUGUUCGCUACAUGACCAAUGACAUCCCUUACCCGUUCCAUCAGAACCAGGACUUCCUGUACCUGACAGGAAUAAUGGAACCAGACAGUGCGCUAGUGAUGUAUGGAUCGGGUAAGCCAGACCAGGCUGUGUUGUUUGUCCCUCAGCGAGACCCAGCGCGAGAGCUUUGGGAUGGACCACGUUCGGGGAAAGAUGGUGCAGCUGCCCUCACAGGUCUAGAGAGAGUUCACAGCACAGAGGAACUUGGCAUAGUGUUAAAGAGCUUGAAAGGCAGAACGAUAUGGUAUGAUGGCUCUCAGCCUUGUCACCCGCAUUUACAUCAGACUCAUGUGCGCCCCCUAUUGGAGGGAGGACCCAUGACGCGGUCUCUUCGACCCCUCACUCACUCCCUUAGAGCCAUUAAGAGUCCAGCAGAGGUUGCGCUAAUGAAGGAGGCGGGACAGAUCGCUGCCCAGGCAUUUAAGAAGACGAUGGCUAUGUCAAGAGGAGACAUUGAUGAGGCACUUCUCUAUGCAAAGUUUGAUUUUGAAUGCCGUGCUCACGGUGCUAAUUUUCUGGCAUAUCCUCCAGUGGUUGCCGGUGGAAACCGAGCCAACACACUUCAUUACAUCAACAACAAUCAAAUAGUGAAGGAUGGUGAAAUGGUACUGUUGGAUGGGGGUUGUGAAUAUUUUGGUUAUGUCAGUGACAUAACACGCACUUGGCCUGUAAAUGGAAAGUUCAGUCCCGCUCAGAGAGAGUUGUAUGAGGCUGUGCUGGAAGUGCAGUUAGCUUGUCUGUCUCAAUGCAAUCCUGGGGUCAGUCUGGACUACAUAUACUCCACUAUGCUCUCUCUGCUGGCCCGACAACUCAAAGAACUGGGUAUUGUCCCACAAUCCACCAGUGAUACAGAUACAUUAAAGGCUGCUCGGCAGUUUUGCCCCCAUCAUGUGGGCCACUACUUGGGCAUGGACGUUCAUGACACACCUGAGAUGUCCCGUUCACAACCGUUGCAGCCAGGCAUGGUGAUCACUAUAGAACCAGGGUUAUACAUCAGUGAGGACAACAAAUCAAGUCCAGAGCGCUUCCGAGGUCUUGGAGUGCGAAUCGAGGAUGAUGUGGUGAUCCAAAAUCAGGGGGGACCCCUUAUCCUUUCUGCAUACACCCCAAAAACCAUUGCUGAUGUAGAGCGAGCUUGUGCACUGGUAGAAGACUGAAGGUAUCUGGAGAGAGAACAGACAGAGCAAAUCCUUCCAGAUUGAGUCUCGGCUCCUCUCAUACGGUUUUAUUUAAAUACCUCAGAGUGAACCAGCUAAACUUGGGAGGUCUACAUUUUACAGAAUUGCUCCAGUUAAGCAUUAAAUCUAGAGGAUUAAGAGCUGGACAAGUCUGGGCAGAUUGCACCAUCUCCCUGAUAGCCAGUUCACUCCUAUGCCAGGAAAUUGGAGGGUCUAGUUUUGUUGGAUAAUGUUAUGUGUUUAACCUGCACUCAUAAGAUCUACGAUACGGGUUUAUAGGAGACUUUAAAUAAGGUCAGGCACUGGGAUAAGGAGACAAUGAUCUAAUGAGCAUGGUAAACACUUAUGUUGUUUCACAGUUUGAAGCUUUACUUGUGCUUGAGUGUGACUUGAGUAUGUUUGUCUGCUAAUGUUUUUAUUGUUAUAUGUGUGGAUGUUCUUUUUUUUUUUUUUUAUUACUACUGUCAAAAUAAAUGUCUAUUUCUGGAAUUCACUAUCAGAGAGAGCAAUGCUUUAU